AUGUCCAUUAAGCGGGCACUAUCCAAAAUCAAGCCAAAGCUUGGAGAGUCUCCCCCGGCCUCUCCCUCACACUCCAGACAUGGCUCGACCUCCCGCACCUCCUCGCCUCGUCGCAACAUCCUGAGCAGCUUCCUCCCCAGCCGGGACUCUGCUUCUUCUUCGGAAGAUGUCUCCGACGAUGCCUCCGGUGCAGGCACAGUGAGUAAAAACCAGCAGAAGCGCCUGGCUCGUCGCCAGAGGAAGAGCGAGCAGCGCUCUCGGAUGAGUGAGGACAUUGGUGGUGCCUCAUCCGAGUCGGAACGUCGACACAAGGAGGAGAUUAGCCAGGCCAUUCGUGACGAGAGCCCUGAGAUGCGCGCACGAUAUGGCGACCUUCCCCUGCUGCAGUCGACUACCCGGAAGCGAGAGAAACGCCUCGACUUCGACACCAUUACUGCGGACAUGGUCGGUCAGCAAGUGUUCUUUCAGGCCAGACUGCACAUCAUACGUCGGAUGAGCGCGAAGCUGGUUUUCCUGGUCUUCCGGCAGCAGCUGUCGACCUUCCAGGGUGUCCUACACGAGGAGCCUGGCGUCAAGUCCAUUGCCAUGGUUCAAUGGGCUGAGCACUUGAAGACGGGCUCCAUUGUUCAGGUUCGCGGCACAAUCAAGGCUCCCGAUGUUCCUGUCCUGGGUUGCACGAUUCACGACGUUGAAGUGGCCAUUGAUGAAGUUCAUCUUGUUGUUCGUCGUGAGGAACCUGUUCCUUUCAGUGUCUAUGAGGCGGAGAUCCGCACGGCGGAGGAAGACCUGGUUGAAGGCCGUCGUAGCCAUAUCUCAGACCGGACCCGCCUGACAAACCGCUUGCUCGACUUGCGCACCCCUACCUCCCAGUCCAUCUUCCGCGUCCAGUCUGCUGUCGGCAAUCUCUUCCGGUCCGCUUUGGACGAGCAGAGAUUCAUCGAAAUCCACACCCCCAAAUUACAAGGUGCCGCUACCGAGUCUGGCGCCAGCGUCUUCGACGUCAACUAUUUCGGCCGCGAUGCUUUCUUGGCGCAAAGUCCCCAGCUUGCCAAACAGAUGGCCAUUGCAGCCGAUUUCGGUCGUGUAUAUGAAAUUGGAGCCGUGUUCCGUGCGGAAAACUCCAACACGCACCGCCACCUGACAGAGUAUACCGGCCUUGAUAUCGAGAUGUCGAUUGAAGAACACUACCACGAGAUGUUGGAAGUGCUGGACGCCGUCAUCAAGAAUAUCCUUAAGGGGAUCUACACGAAAUACCGCCGCGAGAUCGAAAUCAUUAAGCACCAAUUCCCCUCCGAAGACCUUGUUUGGCUUGAUGAAACCCCAAUCAUCCGCUUCACCGACGGUAUUAAGAUGCUCAAUGAAUCAGGGUGGCGGGAUGAUGAGGGCAAUCCGCUGGCUGAAGACAAGGACCUUGGUACUCGAGAUGAGAUCCGCCUCGGUGAACUAGUGAAGGAAAAGUACAAGACCGACUACUACGUCCUCGACAAGUUCCCUGUCGAUGCACGUCCUUUCUAUGCGAUGCCCGACCCUGAUGACGGCCGUUUCACCAACUCCUUUGAUAUGUUCAUUCGUGGUCAAGAGAUCGUCUCUGGCGGCCAGCGUAUCCAUGAUCCUAACAUGCUCGAGGAGAACAUGCGCCGUGUUGGCAUCAACCCCGACACGAUGGAGGAAUACAUGGAAGGUUUCCGCUGGGGAGCUCCGCCGCACGCGGGUGCUGGUAUUGGCUUGGAACGAAUGCUCAUGCUCAUUCUGAAGUUGGGUAAUAUCCGCCUCGCAUCUCUCUUCCAUCGCGACCCGAAGAGUUUCCCUGCCAAACCGCCCACCCUGCAACUGCGCCACCCCGAAUCUUCUACCAUCGACCCGCCAUGGGUUAAGGAGAGGAGAGGUGCCGUGGCCCAGAGUGAAAAUGAGCUGCAACCAAUCGAGCACUUGAUUGCAAACUACGGUGAUGCCACUUCCACAUCAUGGGGUGAUGAGCGGUUCAAGAUCUGGCGUGACAUGGCCACUGGUGCUGCUGUUUCUUACGUGGUCAGCAGCAGCAACUAUGCCGUGAUCCCCGGUAACCCGCUGUGUGAUGCUAGACAAUAUGGCCGAGUCAUCUCUCAGUUCCUGCAAUGGUUACGUCGUGAAACCAAAUACAAACCCAUCUGGCUGCUUUGCUCUCCUGAAGUCGAGACUGUGCUCGGCGAGAAACUCGGCUGGCGCAGCUUGUCCUGCAUUGCAGAAGAGGUGGUAGAGCCCUCGCGCAACCAAGCUGCCAUGGAUGGUGAGCUUGCCCGGAAGAUUCGUCGCACAGAGAAUGAGGGUAUCAAGAUUGUGGGCCUUAACCAGGGCGAAAUGGUGUCUGAAAGCGUCCGUGAGGCGAUUGAUAAACGUAUUGAAGACUGGAAGAACGGCCGCAAGGGUACCCAGGUACACCUUUCAGACAUCCACCCAUGGCGCGAUCACGAACACCGCUGGUACUUCUACGCGGUCGACAAGGAAGGUACAAUCUGUGCCUUUGUCACCCUGGUUCUGAUUUCGCCCACCUACGGCAUGCAGGUCAAAUACACCUUUGACUUCCCCGGCUCUCCCAACGGUGUCAUUGAGUCUCUCAUCACCCACGCCAUUCAAACAGCCGGUCGCUCUGGCGUUAAGAAACUCACCUUUGGCGCUGGAGCGACCAACACCUUGACCCCGGGCCACAAUAUGCACGGCGCCAAGAUGAAGAUGCUCCAGCACACUUACGACGCUCUCGCGAAGCAAUUCCACCUUGUUCGCAAGAGUGAGUUCCGUGCCAAACUCGGUGCCGAGGACGAACCGCUCUACAUCGCCUACCCUCCUCACGGCCUGGGCCAGAAAGGUAUCCGGGCCAUUCUGCACUUUUUCGAAGAUUAA